GAAUUGAUGAACAACCAGACUUGAAUCGCUAAUCCAACUCCAUAUCACUGAACAUGUCAGUCGCGAAGUCAAGAGUGCUGGAAUUGAUGAAGGUCCAAUGCCGGAUCUUCUCAACCACAUUCAAUCCUGAUAGACUCCGAACAGGAAAUAAGAUUCUUCGACAGAGAUUAAAGGGACCGGCAUUGGCUGCAUACUACCCACGAAAGAUGGCUACAAUCAAGGAUCUGCAGAAAGCUUACGACGAAUAUGACGUUGAGACUUAUGAUGAUGCUGAGGAAGAUAGGUUUGAACACAUUACAAUUUUGAAAGCGAGAGGAAAGGGAGCACCAAAAAAGAAGAGGACUGCAGAAGAUUCCAAGAAGUUCAAGGGAAAGAAGAGGUAGAUGAGGAUAAGCUUUAUAUCCUAAACAUGACUUGUACAGCAUUUUAUAACUGUAGCAUUACUGGCGUUUGGGAUGGGCUCUUAGGGAGGGGCUUGGUGGAGGGUUUCCUGAACUAUUGCCAGAACCUUGAACGCAAAUUGCAGAAGCUCAGUCAAAUGAGAAAGAUUAUCAUAAAUCUGCAUAAAUUACUUCUGAAGGCAUUGAAAUCUCGGUUCAAAGUCACAACACUGCAAGUGAUGCAGCCCUGGAAUGGACCGGUUCCUUGUAUGGCUACGAAGUAUUGAGAUCACACGGAUUUCGAUUCCAACUCCCUACCUGCCAGCUUUGGCUUAAACUUUCAAGGCCAUCAUGAACCUUUGAGCCAUAGAUGGCUUCUUCCUAUUGUAAGGUGGAAGUACACAGUAAUAAAAGAAGGCCGUGUCUGUUGAGCACUAUUCAUAUCUACUACCAUAUCGAGACAUGAUUAGAGGACACAACAAUCUGUCGUGCUUCUUACAAUUCUAUACAAGUUGCUAUUUCCUUAUACGACCAUCAUGGGAAGACAGUAUUCUCAAAACUAAUCUUGGUCCAGUACUUCGGCUCGAAAGGUAAUUUAGACUCA